AGAGAAGGUCAGAAACAGGAACCGCCCCCCAGCUGGUCGAGAAAUGCACGAGCGCCUUAUUGGAGCGCGCGUCAGAGAGAUACAGAGAGAGACUCACCUGUCUUGUCUUUCAGUUCCCGUACUCGACGUGGCGGAGUCGACGUCUUGGAAUAAGUGUUCCGACAUUAAAGCCAAAAAUCAUGGCCGACGUGGAGGGGAGUCCGUUCUCUAUCACGAGUCUGGAGGAUGAGCUCACGUGCAGCAUCUGUCUCAGCACCUUUGACUGCCCGGUCACCAUUCCCUGCGGACACAACUUCUGCCAGGACUGCCUCCUCGCCACCUGGAAGGACUCCUACAGCUGCCCCCAGUGUCGGACCCACUUCGCCUCCAGACCGGAGCUGAAGAAGAACACGGUCCUCAGCACCGUCGUGGAGACCUUCACCAUGAGGUCGGGCAGGAGCGACGGCGGCGUGUUCCGGGAGGAGAAAGAGAGACGGGCCGUGAUCCGCUGUGAUACGUGUAUGGAAGCGGAGGCGUCCAAGACCUGCCUCACCUGCAUGGCCUCCUACUGCGACAAGCACCUGCGGCCUCAUCGGGACAACCCAAUAUUUCGCGUCCACCAGCUGAGCGAGCCCGUCGGGGACCUGAUGGAGCGCAUCUGCCCCGACCACCACAAGCUGAUGGAGCUUUUCUGCAGCCAGCACAGCAGGCCAAUCUGCAGCUUGUGCAUCCAGGUCCAUAAAGGCUGCUCCUUGAUGACCCCUGAGGAGCAGAGGAGCCUAAAGGAGUCUGAGCUGAGAGGUGGCCUGGGUGUGCUGGAUGGGAAGAUUGUGAAGAAUGAGACAGUUUUGUCUCAAAUGAGGGACAUGCAAACCAAGCUAAAGGACUCAGCAGUCAACAAAAAGAAAGCUGUGUCCGCUGAGUAUACCCAGAUACGGGACAUGCUAAUCCAGGAGGAGCGUGAUGCUCUGAAUGCAGUGGACCGAGAGGUGGAGAGCGGUCAGACAAAACUUAGGGGCCUCAUGAAGAAGUUCACAGAGAACAUUGACAACAUGAACAAAGCCAAAGAAGAGAUAAACAAGCUGCUGAGUCAGUCCCAGACUCUAGCCUUCCUACAGAUUUCAUUUAACAUGCCCCAAGCUGUGAACUUUGACCCUUACACCCCUCGAAUCAACCUGGACUCUAAGAAGGCGAUGGCGACGCAGGCGUUUGCUGUCGCAUUAAAGGAGCAUCUGGCAGAGAUCCUGAAGCAGCCUGCUGAGGCUAGACUGCCAAUAGUUAAACCAGAAAGUAACACUGACAGUUUUACAUCUGCCAGUGCUUCAGGAUUUACACCUUUCAGUCCCAGGCCUCUUCUGGAACCUGAGCCACAGUGGAAUCUAUUUAAUCUAGGGAUCCCGAGAGUCCCCACAUCCCACUGCCCUGCUCCAGCUUCUCAAGCCAAAGCAGGCCCAAAGAAGAAAGCUCCAAAACAAUCCAAAAAACCUCCGGAAUCCACUGAGAGCAAAAUGGGAGCCAAGAGCUUAGCCAAGUCCAUGGAACACCUGGACAUUGGUGGAAAAGACAAACCCAAUGAGACAACAGAAACAUCUGAGAUUCCUCCAAACAUAACAUCUGCUGAAAAAAGAAGUGAACUUCUGAAAUAUGGCACCGUACUAACUUUGGAUCCGAAGACGGCCCACAAACGCAUCACACUGAGCGAUGGUUUCACCAAGGCCUCCGUGUCAGACGAGCACACAAACUACCCCGACUGCCUGGAGCGCUUCUCUGUGUGCUCCCAGGUGCUCACGUCCAAAGGCUUCCUGAGGGGCCGCCACUACUGGGAGGUCCGUCUGAGCAGCAACAACUUCAUCGGCGUCGGCCUGGCUUACAGCAGCAUCGACCGCAAAGGGCCCACCAGCCGCCUGGGCCGCAACGCCCAGUCCUGGUGCGUCGAGUGGUUUAACGUCAAGCUGUCGGCUUGGCACAACAGCAGCGAGACGGUGCUGGCCAAUCCUAACCCGAAGCGCGUCGGCGUGCUGCUGGACUGUGAGGAGGGCACCGCCACCUUCUACAACGUGGCAGACAGAGCGUAUCCCUUCCACUGCUUCGUCUUCCCCUUUGCUGAAGCCGUGUAUCCAGCUUUCUGGAUUUUCUCAAGUGGCUCGUCUGUUUCUUUGUGCAAACUACAGUAAUAACUUGCAUAUCUAGCUUUUUUUGCAGCUUGUGUUCUUCCUAAACUAAAAGCUAAUCAAUACCCAAUCUUAAUGAAGCGUUAAAGUCUUAAUUUACCUUAUUUUCAACCAUCUCUGCUUUCACAUCUUCCUCUGCUCUUGCUUAUCAUUCCAAUAACUGUGUUCCCUGGUGUGAAGCAAACAUUCCAGUUUUCAUGUGGAGAUUAGUGGCUAUGCUUCUUGGUUGGAUCUCACUGCUUUUGUAUAUGAGGUGACAUGUUCUGAGUUAGUCCAGUCUCUACAUACGUGUGGGCUGCUGCAGACGAACCGCUUCUCCUUGUCACACUGCAAAUCUGCCAUGUUCUCAGUCCAUGACAUUUUAUUGGCUGACAGAAGAAGCUCUCACCGAUAUCUUUGAUAGAUUUGUGUCGACUUGACUCAGCAGUGGACAUUUAAAGCCUAGAAGGAGAUACUGUGCUGUUGGUAUUUGCUCACUCUCACAGCUCCGAUGGGUUGGGCUGUCGACGAGAGAGCUCAUCAUGGUGUCAUCCAGUGCUGACGGUCUUUGGGUAUGUUCCUGAAAUCACCACGUGUUUCCUUAUUCACUGCUCCCAGCAUAAUUUACACUGAGCAGCCCAGUGAGCCACACAGUGAGCAGUGCAUUGAGACUUUUUAGAUGAAGUAGUCAUGAUUACUACUUUAUUUUACAGUGUGAUCGUUAUGGAAUUACCAAACUCCUCAUUCGGGUGAUAUGACUUGUCCUUGUUGAAUCCAGGGCAACAGAUCUGCAUAGAAUGACCCAUAGAAAUAAAAUAUACAGUUUUAUAUCUGUGGCCAGCCCUGAAUGGCUGGGAGUUCUACCUGCAGAGGGGGAAACUAUUUGUUGUGUGAUACAAAGUUUACCCCAGCAGGUCGGGCGUUUGCUGAAGCGCUGGCUGAUGGGGCAGCGCUACCAGUGUACACGCUGGCACACUUACCACAAACCAGGUGCAACGAAUGGACAUAUGUGUGUCUGGUAGUGAUCCACCUACGCGUCAACAUACAUGACACACACUAACUCCAUUGCAUGUAUGACGUACAGACGCUGCAUGUGAAGGCUCAUGUUCAGACCACACAAAGGCUGAAUAUGAUUAAAUCUUCCGUUUGCAUCAGAGGUCACAGCUUCUGGUCACAAACUGUGCUUUGGGAUGGAUCCCUUCAUAAAUAUAAUGAAAUCGCUCCCAAAUCAUAAGUGUCCAAGUGAUUUUGUGCUGACACUUCCUCAAUGAAGCCUUUAUAACUUUUUGCUUCUGGUUUUCUAAAAGUGUUCUAGAUGACCUGAUCGUAUUUUGAUCCUGGUUCACUUCUGAUCGCUAACUGAAGUGUAAUUCACUGUCGGUCUUGCAUAUUGGAUGUCACUCAAACAGUUCUGUCACAGUUAACAUCAGAGCUUUGUUCUGUGUGUAGCCAUAACAUAGAGCUGCAUGGGAAUCUGUUCUUCUGGCCGUGAUGACUGGCCUCAGAUCAGCUUCGUGUGUACAAGUGAGUUCCCAUCCUGGCACCACUUGGUGACUUUAAUGUUGUGGCUAAUCUACAUGCUAUUGUAUUGCCCUGUAAUCCUUGUACACGCUAAAUGAUUAAAAAAAGCGUUUCUCUCUUUACGUCAGAGCAGUGCAGUAUGUUCACAGUCUUACUGGCCCUCCUGCUUGCUGUUAUUUACUUGCACUUUGUUCCUUCUCUUUUCCUUUUAUCUCCUGGUUCCAUUCUGAUCCAAGCAGAUGUGAUCGUUGUGGAGUCCACCAUGAGCCUGGCUCGGCCAGAGUUGUCUGACUUGAUUUUCUAUACUAUUCCGUGUGAAUGACAGCAAUGUCAUUUAGCAAUUAUCUAACCUUAUACAUAAGUGUGCUGCGGGAAAUCAUCACGUGACUAUAAAAAAUGUUCAGUUUCAGCUGAUUGCGCCUUUUAAGCUAGCAGCAUGUAGCGACAGGCAGAACCCAGUGCUGGUUGGUUUCCUAUUGCAUAAAUUAAUUGAGUAUAAUAAGACAAAAUUUAUGUUUUACACAAAAACUAAAUGUCAAAAAAAAUAUACUUUUUUCACAUUUUAUUUUUGUGUACACCUUAUGUAUAGAUGUGGAUAGUAAUUCGAUGUAAUUAGACGUGUGUGUGUAGAUGUGUUAGCAUUCUUAUUUUUAAUCUCCCUUGUGUGUACCCCCAUCUGUGACAGCAAUCAAAGUGUGCAAGUGCGUGGGAUUAAUACAGUUUUUUUUGAAUCUUGAAUCUAAAACAUAACACUGGUGCACAGUCCUGUCCUGUCCAACACUUUGCAUUGGUGACAUCAGCCAUUUCUUGAUGCUCUCUACACACCAGUAUGCUACUAAUCUAAAGGCUACAUGAAGUGUGGAGGUCUAUGGCACAUCAGUAUCUACAGAUGCUUUGUCAUUUUAUGUGGAAUUGAUUUUAAACACCUCUGGCAAUGGAAGUUGGAAUGCUUCACAAUCCAAUAAUGUGGAGAAGCAUCUCUGUACUUUUAAUGUUAUACAAUUAUUCAAUAACAAUAUGAGGAUGAUGGUGAUAAUGUGACACCUCAAGAAGAUGCCUGUGUGGUGGAAAUUUUCCAUAAAGAAGUAGAUGAGA